GAUCUGGAAGUCGGAGCUGCUGCUGCUACUGCUGGUGUUUCCGCUGCUUUCCUCCUCGCGCACCUUCGAGCAGGACGUGAUCCGAGCAUGCUGGGGACCGGCUCUUUUCGGGACGUGGCGAGAGCACGAGGCGAGACGGAGAGGAAGAGACUGUCUCUGUGCAUCACACAGGAAGAAGGACGCAAGUAUCAUCGCUUCUGCAACCACAGCGGUGGAGGUUCAGGAGGCUCCAGGAUGGAGAGGAACCGCCAUCAGCGGACUGAGGGGGGGGAUAACAGUCCCCGGCGCUUGGAGCAGCAGCUGGUGUGGGAGAGCAAGGCCAAAGUGAUUCAAAGGGCUUGGCGCACCACACUGGACCGCAAACAAGGCUGGCAGGAGGGACCCAAGAACCGCAUGGUUAAUCAUUGUGAGACAGAUCUGGAGGAAGACACCUUCACUUCUGGCCUUACCAUUGAGGAGCUGGGCCAGAACCUCACACUGGAGGAGCUGAAAACAAUGCAGAGCAUGAAGUAUGUAAAUGAUGGAGGAUACCAGCUGCAAAAUGCUCAGCUGACCACAGACUUGGAGAACAACAUUGCUGUCAAUAUGAAACCACUGGAGUCUAAGGUGUUGAUCAUCCAGCGCGCUUGGCGGGACUUCCAGCAGAGACAGGACAUUCUGGAGAAGAGAAGCCCCUCCCCUCCAUCCCUCUCCUCCUCUGACAAGAUGAGCACAUCAAUCAGCAUGACCACCCUAUCGGAUGGCAGCACCCCUGAUUACCGGGAGGAUGGAAUGGACCUGGGGAGCGACGCCUCCAGUCGCUCCGGCUCCGAGUCCAACUCCAACAAGGUGACGCCGUGCUCCGAGUGCAAGUCCUCGCCCAGCCUGGAGCUGGCCGCCCUGGACGACUACGACGAAGAGGACGAGGACUACCAGCAGUAUAAGAAGAGGGUCAUUGAGGACUGGGAAAGCGAGUACGGCGCCAAUUACGCCGACAACCAGCAGCCAGCCGAGAAUGACGGAGCCUUCCGCAAGCCGGCGAACAGCCGCAGCCUGGCCGAGGAGCUCCAGGAUGUUAAGAGCACUCCGCCACCCCCGACAGACCAGACCACGGCCACCGUUGCGGCCGCCGUGCCCGAGGAACUCAAGCAGAAUGGCAACUUGAUUCUGCCCAACACUCAGCACCUCCUGUCCCCAAGCUCAGGCAGGGGGAAGGCCCUGGCCAAGCCUGGACACAGGAGCCCUGGUGCGGGCGGGGGUGGCGGGACAGGAGUGCUAGGAGGUGGCGGGACUGGGCUCGGGAGCUGCUACCGCCUCGGGGGUUACAAAGAGGAGAGCGUUCUGGAGGAGUCUCAGCUCCCCACCAUGGACUGGGCGGCACUGGAGAGGCACCUGGCUGGCCUGCAGUUCAGGGAGCAGCAGGAGAACCACAACCAGAACCAGGGCCUGGGCCGGACCAACUCCACCAAUGCCCAAAAGAAUGAGCGAGAGUCUAUUAGACAGAAGCUGGCCCUGGGCAGUUUCUUCGACGAUGGGCCGGGCAUCUAUACCAGCUGCAGCAAGAGCGGCAAACCCAGCCUGUCCUCACGGCUACAGAGUGGCAUGAACCUGCAGAUUUGCUUCGUCAAUGACAGCGGGAGUGACAAAGACAGUGAUGCGGAUGACAGCAAGACAGAGACCAGCCUGGACACGCCUCUGUCCCCCAUGAGCAAGCAGAGUUCCUCAUACUCGGACCGGGACACUACAGAGGAUGACUCUGAGUCUCUGGAGGACAUGGACUUCCUCAGCAGGCAGAAGAAGCUCCAGGCCGAGGCAAAACUGGCGCUGGCAAUGGCUAAACCCAUGGCCAAGAUGCAGGUGGAGGUUGAGAAACAGAACCGCAAGAAGUCGCCUGUGGCAGACCUGCUUCCCCAUAUGCCUCACAUUAGUGAGUGUCUGAUGAAGAGGAGCCUAAAGCCCACAGAUCUGCGAGACAUGACCCUCGGUCAGCUACAGGUCAUUGUUAAUGACCUUCACUCACAAAUCGAGAGUUUGAAUGAGGAGCUUGUGCAGCUGCUGCUGAUCAGAGAUGAGCUUCACAUGGAGCAGGACGCCAUGCUAGUGGACAUCGAGGAUCUGACCAGGCAUGCUGAGAGCCAGCAAAAACACAUGGCUGAGAAGACCCUUUCCAAAUGAGCCCCACUCGCAUCACCCAGUCUCCCGUACCCCCUCAUCAUGGCGUCAAUACAGAGAAGAGCCACUUUUCUUUUGCUUCUGUGGUUGUACAAAUACAAAAUGAUGGAGCACUUCCUGACAGGCGACAAAACAAAAGUGUGAGUCUUGGAUACUGUUCCUGGCUUUCUGUGCAGUGAUUGGCCUUGCUUCUUAAUAGUUUUUCAUUUUAACUUUUUACAUUUGCCAGUAAAUUAUAACUGUCAAAAUACAAAAAAAAAAUGGCAGAAAAAAAGUAUAGUGGAAAAAUUAGUAGAAAGUCAGAUUUAAAGGCUAAAAAAACUGUAUAAAGAAGAUAAAGAAUUAACUGCUGAGAAUUUUAAGUUGGACAGUAUUUUAAAAGUUGGCCUGUUUUUAUUCUGCACAAAUGGUAGUUUUCAACUGAAACUUUCAUUUGAAGGUGCUAAAAACGUCUAAAGGAAACAUGCCUGCCUUGUAGUCAAAGUCGUAGCUUUUGGUAAUAUGUUCACUCUAAUCGGUAUUCAACAUUUUGUGAAUGUUGAUUCUCUGACACAAGUCAUUUUAAAUAAGUGUGUUAAUAUCAUUUUCAUCCUAUUGUAUUCAGAUUCUUUAUUUCAGGAGAGAAAUGUUUAUGUACAAAUAUGUAAAAUAAAAUAAUAAAAACUUUGUUUCAUAUA